AUGAACAAUGCAAUUCUAAAUAGUGUUGUAAACUCAGCACCAAGUGUUGGAGAUAGUGCUUUAGUCACAAAUGUUAAUUCUGCACUCUCUGGUGACCGUCAUAUGCAAAGAAGUGCAAGCAUUAAUGGAGACUUGUAUUUAAGAUUACAUGCUUCGCCAUGGUCAUUCAUAUCGAAUAAUAUUAGUAUUUCUGGGUCACCUACAAUGGACGGCUCCUCUGUAGUACAACAGAAUUCUCAUCAAGAUCAAAAUGCUCACCGAUUACAGCAGAAUCAACAGAAGCCGCAAGGUCAUGUGUGGAGAAGUGUAAGCAAAGCAAGAGCACUUCCUAGUGAUCAAGAAACAAAACUGUACGUUGCAACAGAUGGAAGAUCAAGGCUUCAACCUCCACUUCCACAAGGCUACUUUGGAAAUAUGAUAUUCACAACAACUCCAAUAGUAGAUGCAUGGGAUUUAAUGUCAAAACCAACAUGGUAUGAUGCUAGCAGAAUCCAAGUUGCAUUGUUACGAAUGGAUAAUGAAUAUUGGAGAUAUUCUUUGGGACUAUCUUGA